GGCUGCUAGCAACUACGACAGCUACUGGCUUCUCACUCUCGUUGCCGUCGGUGUCAAGUUCGGAAGAAGGUUGAAGCUUGGUAGUCGGAUUGAAAAGAAGCAGAAAAAAGCUAUAGUCUGCUGCUGUGUGCUCCAUAGUGGAUGAAAUUUCCAAUUUCCUGUGAGUUCUUUUCCGCAACGCGCUGUAUGAGGAUUACAACCCGCAACGCUGGUGGACAGGUGGACUAUUGGAAUAUGUGGCCCGAAAACUGACCUUCCUACAAAAUUGAGCGUUCACUUUGGAAGUAGACCACUAGCAAGUCAUAGGAAGUGAUCCUCGCGGUAGAAGUAAUUGAAUUUACCGAAAGGUUCUCGUGCAAUUCGACCCAGACAUAACUACUGUCGGUUUUGGUAGUGAAAAAAAAAUUAAUGGAACAUCCGAAAGGUGAAUCGAUUCGAACGGGCAGCUGCUGGAACCAGGAGGAUUUGUUUCGUAUCCACUUGAGACUAUCGGUGCAGUGAUAAACGAAAAGUGAGCGGAUAAUGGUUCGAUUUUAUUGGUAAAGCAAGAAACGAAUUAAAUGAGCAUAACGUUUAGUUGAAAAAAUAGUGACAGGAGGAAAAAAAACAGUGAAUGACGUAGAAGUUUUUGCAUAAACAGAAAAAAAAAAACAGGUCGUUUAGUAACAUCCCAUUAAGUUGAAGCUAGUAGAGAUUUGAUUAUCAUACACUAUACCUGUGCAUUUAUUGCAAUUAUCUGCAUAAUUUUGUAAAAAAAAAUAUUUUUCUCUUUGUUUCUAUCAAAUCUGGAUGUGACGACUGGAUGGUUGUUCCUGCCGUUUCUUACACUGCCGUGCUUGGUGUCUUGGAUGGAUAAAAUCUGUAAUGGUCGGAACAAUCGUGAUGAUAUGGUGAUGUACAUAUGCAUUUAAAUUCAAUAUUGAAAAUUCACAUUAUUUCGUGUAAUCGCGUACCCAUACGUACGGGGUGAUUUACACACUAUCAACGAAACAAUAACGUCGACCGAAACGUCAUACACGUCAAACUCGCGCACGCCAUACGGUUGAAUGUGUGUUAUAAAAACACAGUCAGUGAGACACUAUAGAAGAGGUAGAAGUGCAGGUGAUUGAUUGAAAAAGGCCCGAAUCGAAGUGAGAAUCUCAUAUGAUCGAAAAGCGUAAGGGGCAGCUUAGGAAUGAUUCGCGAAUGACCAAACGAAAGGAAAAGCAAUAGAAGCAGGAGAAGGCCACAGCACGGAGCAAUGAGGAAGGUUUGAGCGGUAGUGCUAUCGAUUUUCCUCAUGAUCCAGCAAAGAAGGCGUCGGAAAGAGAGUGUGAAAUAACAGCUGAGACGCGAUAGAAAACGGCUAAAAGCAGUGUGGGACUCGAUCCACGGUAGCAGCAGUUUGUGCGGUGGUUGGUACGCGAAGCUUGAAGCCAGGGAACAAAGAAUAGGCUGAUAGCAGGCAUACUCUGGAGGAAGAUAACGGAAGGAAGCAAGUGAGCGAAAGCAGUAGGUGGGAAAGUUCACGCACUCACGCACGCGAGUCGAACAUCUGUUCCAAUAGCUUGAAGUGAGAGAAUUGACCGUCAGGGAGCAAUCAAGAAGAAGAGCGACCGAGUCACAGCAGGUUAACGACAGCGUUGCCAGAUCAACCGAUUGACUGGCAACACUGUUGUUGAGCAUCGCAACGGCCCCCACCCACUUGGUAGGAUAGCCCAGCGAGAGUGCGUACGGCGGCAGUAGCACUCUCCUCCGUGUCCUAACAGAGGAUAUUUUCUUUUGUGACCCGGUUCAGAAGCGGCUUAGAAAAUAAAUUUUAAUCUGACGCUCGGUUGGUUCGGUGGUGCUUCUGAAAUGUCCGACACCGGCAGUGGACACGACGGAGCCCAGAAGGACUACUCGCAAAAAAUGGACGGCGGUGGUGGCGGCGACUUUGACUCUGGGCAACAGAGUCAACAGACCGAGCAGGAGUUGGCCACCAAGAUGCUGCAGAUCCAAUCGAAGCGGUUUUAUCUGGACGUGAAACAGAACCGACGCGGUCGGUUUAUUAAGGUAGCUGAAAUCGGCGCGGACGGUAGACGCAGUCAGAUCUUUCUGGCUCUGUCUACGGCGGCUGAGUUUCGGGAUCACUUGUCGGCGUUCAGUGAUUACUACGCCUCAUUGGGGCCACCCAACCCGGACAAUGUGCCUGAAGAUGGCAAGCUAAAGUCGGAGAUGAUGAUCAAGGACAACCGACGGUACUACCUUGAUCUGAAGGAGAACGUGCGGGGACGGUUUCUGCGCGUCUCGCAGACGAUUACACGUGGCGGUCCUCGGUCGCAGAUCGCCAUCCCAGCGCAAGGGAUGAUCGAGUUUCGUGAUGCGCUAACGGAUCUGUUGGAAGAGUUCGGUACGAACGAUGGCGGUUUCAAGGGCGAACUGCCGGAGGGUCGCCACAUGCGUGUCGAUAACAAAAACUUCUACUUUGACAUCGGACAGAAUAGUCGGGGCAUCUAUAUGCGGGUGUCGGAGGUGAAAAGCAACUUCCGGACCGCAAUCACCGUUCCGGAAAAGUGCUGGUCACGGUUCCGUGACAUUCUCAGCGAUUACUGCGAUAAAAUGAAGAAAACGUCCGAGUCAACCACAUCGUCGAUCACUGCCGAUAACCCAUUGCAGAAGCAAACAUCAAAUAAUAUGUAAAUUAGUGACGAGAGAGAUAGAAUUUAGAUCCCUUAUUGGCUUCGUUUCCGCUUGCCAUCAUGAUUAGUUUCCCAAUUUAUUGAUUAUGAUUGUUGUGUAUUCUCGAUAAUUCUUCAAUCGUUUAUGUUUUUUCUUUGUUACGUUCUCCCACUUGUUUACUUCUGAAAGAAUGGAUAAUAUGCUAAAUUAUAAAAAAAAAACAGAAUGAAGAGUAUAAAAUAUAUUAUACAUAUAGAGUUAUAAAAAAGAGGAUGGAUCAGAUUAAAUCUGAAUAUAAAUCACAGUUAUAAGAUUUAAAUAAAGGAAAAAAAUCUAACAAAUUAAAUUUAAUGCAGAAAAAGGACAAAACACAAACGGCUAAAAUAAGAACACAUUACAAAAUGAGCGGUCGCUUUAUUUACCCAGUCAAGUCAGGCGUGGAAUAAGACUGUGUGAAAUUUUGUCCCUUUUGUAGGAUUUGUGUAAAUUGAUUAAUUUAUUGCUUGAAAUCGGUUCUUAAUUGUGGAGAAGUAUCUGAUUCACACGUAUCCGUGUUCGUUCAGUGGUGUCAAUUGGCAUUUACAAGUAAGCCUCUAUAUCGGAACGGAUCUAGAUGAGUGAGAAAUGAUCGGAAAAUUCUUGCAAUUUGAACUUCAAACCUAACUGAAAGUCCAAUCUGUCACACAGCGACACGUUAUUUUGUUUGAUUUUGCAAAAUUAACACAGUACAGAGAUAUAACAAGCUAAGUUGAACGUAGCCGAAACAACAGAAGAAGCUAGCUAACAAAUUGAAGCCAGAACAAAGCAAAAACAACUUUUAAAAGCAUAGCAAACGAAGAAGAGAAUAGUGGGACAAAACUCGAGUGGAUACUGAACGAGAUAAACCAGCAAACCGGUAGGCAGUUGAAUGUAAAUUACAGUAGCCUACCAUACAAACAAAAAAGAUACAGAGGCGAGCGUAUGUGUGUAAAAUAUUUAGUUUCCUUAUUACUGAAAUCCUCUAGAUGGGAGCAAAGAACUAGAACUAGAAUCUAACCAGUCCCUCUUCGAGCAAUGGUAAACAACGUUCAGAACUAGCAGCUACGCACGCCGAAGCAGAUAUAACACGCGAGCCAACAGUGGAUGGAGUAAAUGACAAAGUCGAUAUAUCUAUAUUACUGUUAAAUGUUACAUAAAAAGAACAGAUAGAGAGACGACGGAACGAUUCUGGGAAGAAAUAGUAUUUAAUUACAGAUGAAACCCUGACGAAUCCAAAUCUUUAUUGUAUCUCUAGCAAGAAGCGCGUUAAGGGAGUGGAUUUUAAAGCAAGAGUAGUCAAGUUGAUUUAUCUUUUUUUUAGUUUUCUAGUGCGACAACAAAAAAGAUAUAAAAAUUGUGUUUCGAGAAUCGUGCUUGGCAUUGAUGAUAUAUAAGCAAGAGCAAGAAAAUACCUAAUAGUCUGGUCGUCCGAGCGGGCAACAGCCUCCUAGAGGCACACGUGCGUGGAUCGGGACCAACAGCUGUGAUCUAUUAAGAAAUGGGACAAGGAAAAUUCAUAAGCGAAAAAUAAUGUAUUAAACUGCGACCCGGGUAUACACAAAUACACGCGGAGUGAUUCUUCUAAAUAUUA